GACGCGUCCUACGUCACCGGCAGCAGCUCCGACCACGUGUCCGGAGGAGAAGCGACGCAGCGCAGCCGCUCGGCCGUCGGGGACGUUGUUACCAUGCUGCUGGGCCGCUGCUGGGACCGGCUCACCUGGUUCUACUACCAGUACCUGCUGGUGACGGCGCUCUACAUGCUGGAGCCCUGGGAGCGGACCGUGUUCAACUCCCUGCUGAUCUCCGUGGCCGGCAUGGCCGUCUACACCGGCUACGUCUUCAUGCCGCAGCACAUCAUGGCUAUCCUGCACUACUUCGAGGUCGUCCAAUGACACCGACGAGCCAUCCGCCCGUUUUCCGUCCGCGGGUCCGGUCUGUCUCCGUCCAUCUACCCGCCCUCUCCUGGGCUUUGAGGUGGAGGUCGUCACCAACCAUGUCGAGGCAGAGCUUCUCUCCUCCUUUUUUCUCCAAAUCUGAUUCCAUAUCAAAGGUCGACGCUCUGAACAUCGUGCAUGAGGUCACGUUGGACGGUCGUAUUCCCCCGGGACUGUUUCUGUCUUCACCGGAAUACUUGGGACUUUUUUAUGAACAGCGUUUGGAGGCGAGGCCUUAGAGGAGGGUGUGCUUGGUGUCUUAUCUUUCUUUUUUUUUUUAAUCAAGCGCACCUUACUGUUUUUGAGAAUGUGUAAAUAUACGGAUGACUGGUUGUGUGGCGUGAUUGGUAUUUUGUGUUUUUCCUUUUACUCCAUUUUAUGAGCCAAAUCUGAUUUGUUAGGGCAGGUUGUCACAGUCGGCAGAAGCUGCUUUUAAAGGAACUUCAGCCAUUUUCAAGCUUCAUCGUCAUUUUUCCUGCACGAGAGAUCGAAAGAAGUUCUAGUUUCAAUCUGGAAGGAGUUGAGAAAUAAGGUGGCGUAGUAACCAAUCAAACCUGAGCUCUGUCUCCUAUUUAUUCUAAGUACCGGUAAAUCCUGAAAUAACGCUCCAAAUAUGCAGCACUUGCUCCAACAUGUAUCGGCUGUCUUCUUUGUCUUUAAUACAGUUCCUGCUCGUGUUGAAGUUAAA